AUGAACAGGCUUUUUGGAACAUCGGCUAGUAAGAAACCCAAACCAACCCUACAAGAUGCAAUCAACUCGACGGAUGCGCGUAUGUCUACGAUUGAAGUGAAAAUCCGCAAAUUGGAUGGUGAACUCGCGCGAUACAAGGAGCAGAUGUCAAAGCUGCGCAACGGUCCUGGAAAGGAUGCGAUACAACAACGCGCUCUACGCACACUGAAGCAGAAGAGGAUGUACGAAGCGCAGAUCGCGCAGCUAACGCAACAGACAUUCAAUAUGGAGAGCGCAGCACUCGCUACUGAAAAUUUGCGCAAUACCAUGGCCACAGUUGACGCCAUGCAAAUUGCGAACAAGGAGAUGCGCAAGCAAUAUGGAAAGAUCGACGUCGACAAGAUUGAGAAUAUGCACUACGAUAUGGAAGAUCUGCUUGAACAGGCAAACGAGAUUCAGGAGACGCUCGGUCGCUCAUAUGCUGUACCAGACGAAAUUGACGAGGCCGAUCUAGAAGCUGAGUUGGACGCUUUGGCGCUGGAAGAGGAAGAAGAAGGUCCUUCAUACCUCGCUGACCUGAAUAAGGUGCCAGAUUUCAUAGACGAACCCCCUGUGGAAGUAGGAGAGACACCGAGACCGGAAGCCGUGAAACAGACUGGUUAA